AACUGCAGUGAGGCUAAGUGCCAGGUCUUACCGGUUGGAGAAGGGACUGCGUCCGAACUCCGCGUGAAGGCUUCCGAGAAGGGUGUCAGAAUAGUCUACUUGGAUUUGAAGUUCCGUAACGACAGCUACCGUCCAUUAGAGUCAGAAAACAAGUUUUUCCCAAAUAGAUGGGUCUGGGCGAAUUUGAUUAGUGAGCCAAUGCUGUCUUUGUCCUAUGGCUAUGAAAUGUUUUCCAUGGGCCUCCUUAAAUACCAAAUAAGAGGUAUGGAGGUGCUGUUGGAAGAUCAACCAAGCGGAUGCCUUGCGAACUUGAACUCAUCCUAUCAAAACAAAGUAGUUGGAAGAGCGCUUCUGAAUAUGACACAGUUAAACUCAGGUGAACCUCCAGACAGGAAUACUGUUUGUUUUGCGAUGAUUGAAGAUUAUGGUCAAGGUUAUGAUGAUCUUUUAUGGAACUUCUUUGAGGGAAAUGUCAAAUUAAAGUGCUGUGAGAUAAGCAAAGAAGAAACCACCAAAUCUACUUACAUUCAAUGUGGGCUGGAUGUUCAAGUUAGCGGUUGGUUAAAAGCUUUUAAUGUCACACUCAACAUUUUGACUGUGAUAAUAAUGCCAUUUUGUCCAGCGUUUCUCCUUUUCCUGCCGGAUUCCAUUUUCAAUCUUCAAGAGGAGUGUAAAAAAGAAGAGCGACGCGAAAACGAGCAACAGUCAGAAGACAGCCAUCAUCGACAGAGCAAUCAACAAAGAAGCAGGUACCGAUCAACUGCUGAAGCUUCAGUAAAUGACAAUGCAGAAAAUGACAGUUCAUUUCCUCUUGGAACUCCAUCUAUUCCGACUCAGAGUCAACAAGCUAAUUCCCAAAUAGGCGAGGAUAUAUCAAACAAACAUGCUCAAAGUUUACUUUAUUUAGACGAACCAAAUCCAAUCACCUUCUCCUAUUUUCUUAGAACCUAUACUAAAGAAGGUACAGAAUUAUUUUCAUUUCAUUUCAAACUUGCAUUUCUCUGGUACUGUGUUAUUCCAAUUUUUGUGUACCUAAGAUUAGGAUUAAGCUACUUUGAAGAAAGGAAACUUAUGUAGGAGUUGGAUAAAAAACCAAAGGCAUCUCUGUUAGGAAGGUGGCUUCUAUAUCGUUUCGAGUUUCAAGGGGUUAGCGUGCUAAUGGCUCUCACUCCUUUGAUUUUGAUUUUAAUUUCAAGACCUACGGAUUUCCUAACUACUUUCACAGAGGACAUUAGACGACCCGCGAGCCCUAUUUGGGGAAAAAAUAGGGUUUCUGUAGGAGAGGAAAUGCUCCGAUAUAUGGAAAAAUUAGCAGUAAACAGUUACAAGUUAGCUUCGUGUUUAAUUACCCUUCACCAAAAAGCACUAGCGGGGUCUAUAAAGUUCUUUACACAUUGGGCUAUUGAGCAAAUGGAUCCGCCACGGAAACGAGCCAAGACUCCUUUCAUUGCUUUGUGGGUGUUAUUCUGGAAUGUUGUUUUAGUCAUAGUUGUGGGCGUCAUUUUUGGAGGAAUAUGCCUCUGUCUAUUGUUAUUAGGGUUAGUCGUGUUCAUUUAUUUGUAUUCACCGUUGAAUACUCUCCUAGUUUUCAUUAGCAAAAAAUUGCGGGAAAUUUUUAUACAAAUAUGGUAUUAUCACACACAGGAUUUUAAGCUCAUUGUUGUUGCAUCAUUUGCAUUUUUUUUCUAUGUACUCGCAUUGUCAAUAUCAGCAGUCGGCAGUUUGGUAGGGGGCCUGUCUUGUCGAUAUAUCUCUCUGAUGUGUGGCUUAGUUACUUUAGGUCUAGUGUUAAACGUAUCAAUCGUGGGCCCAGUUUUAGCACUCCUUAUCGUUGCUUUAACAAACAUUUAUCUAUGCUACUACAAUCUGCAAAUGCGCUACCAAGAUGUGAAGAAAAUGAUUUCGGAGAAGUGGCAGACUUAUGAUGGAAAAAGUGAGCACGGUGCAAUUCCAGAAGAUCUAUUUUGGCGCAUUUGUAGUGGCGCGUCAAAUUCAAAUAACACAGUUCCACCAGUUAGGGGUGAAGUAAACCUCAUGCUUUGCAAUAUGGUCAUCAUUUUGAUAUUUCUAUUUUUGGUUUUCUGCUCUGUAUUUCUGGUGACUGAUGCGAAGAGCAUUUCAGCAGUGCCAUCAACGAUUGCUGUGUUUUUAAGCGGAGCUAUUCCUGGGUUAUUUUAUAAGGGAUUUAUGGAUGAAAAGCGAUUUACGGGUGAGACAAGGGUGAAAAUGAUUAGAGAAAUCGAGGAGGCGGUUAUAGAGUAC